AUGAAUAGUCAUACUGAAGAGCCUAAGGAUGGGCUAGGCAACACCAUUAGCCAGUCCGAUACCAGCAACUUUUUGAGCCAAACGCAAUCAAGUACUAUUUCUCAAAAGAAUAAAGAUAUCAUUCAUAACAAAACUGAAAGCAUAAGCAAUAACAUUAGCAUCAACGCCUUACCUGAUGAGAUAUUAGUACAGAUUUUCUCGCAACUAGAUCCGUUGCUUCUCAAUAGACUCAAACUAGUAUGUAAGAAAUGGAACCAUGUGAUCAAUGACAAGGAUACAUGGAUGAGACUGUUUCAAAUCCGUUUUGGAAUCAAUACCAAUAUGUCAUCUUUCCCUAGUGUUACGAAUGGCACCAACUGGAUGAAUGAGUAUUUUGCACGGUUAGCAGUUGUGAGAAAUUGGAGAAAAGGACAUGCUAUACAUCAAACUUAUCAGAUACUCAAUAAUGAGCACAGAUUCAACGAUGAGACAUUGUGCGAUUUUAAGAUGAACAAGAUUUGCAUUUUCGAUAAAAAGCUGGGCAACAUAUGCUCAGGGAACUUGAAUAGUGGAAGAAAUCAAAGCUUUAUACCAGGUGCAUUUACCGUAGACACUUUAAGUUUUGGGAUGAACUGGAACUAUGUCAUUAUGGGAAAAAUAAAUGGUGAUUUGGUGUUGCGGAAUAUGGCGAGUAGCACUUCUUAUACGCAGCGAGUUAGUUUGACUAAAUUUGAAGUUGAUGAGCAUUCAAAGAGUCCCAUUAUGUGUGUUGAAAUUAACGAUCAUGUUGAUAAAUAUGGCGCUUCAACAGAUAUUAUUAGUGGCUCGUAUAAAGGAGUUUUACAAGCCUGGACAAUACAUGGCAAGAAAGUAGGAGAUAUUCAAUUGGAUGGUACGAUUCUUAACAUCAAGUCUGACUUUAACAAGUUUAUUAUUACCAACACCGAGUCGCAUAUUUAUGUUGUGGACUUUAAAUCGUUCAAGGUGCUAAACAAAAUUCGUGUUUACCUAGAUUUUGGAGAAGAUGUUUUACAUUUGGAGCAAUUGCUCAAUCUGAAAAAUGAAUUGGAUGUUGAUUUCGGUGGGAAGAACAUUAUUUUUUCAUACAAGUCUAAGAUUUCCGUGUUUGGAUUUGAAGGUUCGGGUAGUAGGACUUUAAAGCUAAAUGAUGGAGUGGAAGUUGUGAAAUCGCAAUUCCAGACUUGUCUCAAGAACAGAUUAACGAAUGUGAACACCCACAUUGCUGGGCACGAUGGUUUGCUUUAUGCGAAUUUGUUGUCAGAUGAUAGCAUAAUUAUUUGGAAUGUGCGUGAAUACUCGACUUCGACAAUUGUACCCCAAUUACAGUUAUCUCCAUCUUUUGAUUACAAAAGAGUAAUGGCAGGAUUGAACAGUAUGAUAUCUCGCUUUGAUUUGAUGUCAAUCAAUUCAUUUGCUCUUACAGGGUCAGUACUUGCUGUCUCUGGAUAUAAUGGACUUACCAAUAUCUACGAUGUAUUUACCGGAAAGCUACUAAAAGAAGCUUCCAUCAAGUUUCCCAAACGGUAUGAACAUUUACAUAAUUCACUCCGUACGACAAAUUAUGUUAAACUAAAUCCAAAUCCCUUGGACUCUAAUGGAGUUAUAGUUUGUGGGGACACGAUACAGUACUUCCAAUUUGGAGAUUUGGAAUCUGCGUCGAAUUCCAGAAGUAACUCAGCAUCCGGAAACAAGAAACCGAAAUUGGUAAACACUGGUCUGCAUGGUAAAAAUGCCAAUAAGAAGAGGAUCAAGGACGGAUAUGAUGAGUUCCAGAGACAAGUUUAUACCGCAAAGGAAACCGAAAAGAUGUUUGACAAAUACAACGGGACUGAAUUUGAGAGUGAAGAGGAUGAAUUGAGAAUGGGUCUUGUCCUUAGUGAAAAUAUGAGUAGCAAUGAGUGUGGUUAUGGUGGUGGUUAUGGUGGUGGUAACGGUGGUGGUGGUGGGUAUGGCGUUGGAUUAACGGAGCAGGAAGAAGAAGAUUUACGUUUAGCAAUGGAAAUUUCCAAAUUGGAAGACGGAACUGUAGACACAAAUGCAAGUGCAAGUGCAAGUGCAAAUGCAAGUGCAAGUGCAAGUGCAAGUGGAAGUUCAAGUGCAAAUAUAUCGGAAGAAGAGAUUGAUGAGGAGCUCGAGGCUGCACUCAAACUUUCAAUGGUUGAAUUUUAA